AUGAUAGUUCUAUUAGUUCUUGUAUUUGUGUUCGGUAACUGUGACGGUAAUGAUAGGUUCGGGAUAAAACAACAUGGAUUCCCCAAAUGGCGACUCGGGAACUUGAAGAGUGGUGAGGAAAAGACGAGAUUCUGGCCACAGAGGGAAAAUCGAUUCCUAUCAGUGUUCACGGUGGUGACGUUCCCGAACGGCGGCUGCGCGGGCGCCUCGGGCGACAACGGCACAUGUCUUGCGGCCCGGGAGUGCAGCGCCCGCGGGGGCUCCGCUAACGGCUACUGCGCCAAUGGCUUCGGGCUGUGCUGCAUUUUUAUGACGUCAUGUGGCAGCAGUACUUCAGAGAACGGGACCUACUUCGUGAAUAACGGAUAUCCUUCAUCCUACGAUGGCACGGGUUCUUGCGAGCUCACCGUGAUAAAAUCACAUCCGGAUGUAUGUCAAAUAAGGUUAGACUUCAAUCGCUUCACUAUAGCCGGGCCCGAGCCGGUCAACAAUGUGUGCAAUCAAGAUCAGUUUAUAGUAUCCGGUGGCAACCCCAUACCGGCUAUAUGCGGCGUCAACCAAGGCAGUCACAUGUACAUUGACGCGGGGGUCGGGUCCACUAAUCCUGUGAAACUGACCUUCGUGACCAGCGGGGCGGCUUUCGCCAGGAUGUGGAAGGUCAAGGUCACACAGAUCCCGUGCAGCACCAUCUAUAGAGCUGACGAAGGUUGCCUGCAAUACUACACGGGCGUCUCCGGGCAGCUGAAAUCCUUUAACUACGACCCGGCGACAGGCUUGCAGCUCAGCAACCAGGACUACGGCAUCUGCGUCAGGAUGGAGAGGAACUUCUGUGGGAUCCAGUACUCCGCGUGUCCUGACACGGUGAACAACCGUUCCCGCGCUUUCACCAUCUCCGGCAACAGUAAUGGACCAGUGAACGCCAUGGUCGGUUCCGGAGUUGGACCAAACGCGUGUGCCAAUGAUUGGCUACUGGUGCCGUGUGCGUCCAAUGUUGGGCGAGUACAGCCAGCUCAAGCGCUCUGUACGGACCGCAUAUGUGGGGGCACUUUCUCCGCCGAACUGUCCAUGCAGGCUUCCACCGUCAUGAGUACAGUGAAGCCGUUCCGACUCUGGUUUCACACGGACAACAUAGAAGCACCGUUAGAUAUCGCCAAUCGCGGCUUCUGUCUCAAUUACAUACAGCAGCCCUGCACCAAUAAUGUUAUAUAA